ACUCCUCAACAAAACUCCACUUCUUUUCACAGGUUUCAGUAAUAUUUGGAAUCUCUGCUGAGCUCCAUGGCGUUGUCUGGAACAGGCACACUGGUGGUUUCCCUUGUCUCUAAGAUCACAGCUUCAGCAGCCAUGGUCAAAGCUGGAGGGGCAGUCUCUGGCACAAUUCUAGCUGGUUCACAGGGGCUCAACCUGUUAGCCCAGACUGCCCUGGGCUCUGGAGCAUCUGUACUUGCAUCUUCCUUGGGGGCACUCAAGGCUGGCACCAUCCUGUCGGCCUGCCCUGCCUCUGUGUUAGCGGUUUGCCCCACUGCAGCCAAGGCUGCUGUUGCUGUGCUUGGGGGAGCCAUGACUGUAGCUGCUGUGCCCCCAGUGCUGAGUGCUGUGGGCUUCACUGGGACAGGGAUUGCUGCCUCAUCUCUAGCAGCUAAGAUGAUGUCCCUGUCAGCUAUUGCUAAUGGGGGCGGAGUUGCAGCUGGUGGCUUGGUGGCCACUCUGCAGUCAGUGGGAGCAGCUGGACUGUCCAUGUCAUCAAAGUUCCUCUUGGGCUCUGCUGGGUCUACUCUCAUUGCUGGUGUGAUGGGCAUUUGAGAGUCUCAGCCCUUCUCUGCUGUAAGAAUGGACAUAGAGCCCCUUCUUACAGCCAUUUUUUAAGCCAGAGAAGGAUCAGUUAAUCCCAGGCAACAAACUGCCAAGGCCAAGUGUCUAACUGGAAAUAAGAAAUAAAAACAAUGUAUCGCCA